UUGGACGUGCGGAGAGAAGCUGUCAUUUUAGACCCAGUUGGCCUUCCAUACCACAUCCUCCGCCUCCCGUCGCUGUCGAUCUCAAACGCUGGUGUGCGAGUCUAGCCUCAAACAGAAUAGAAAAAUGGCGCUUACUUCUCAAGGAACAAAGAAAAAAGUUUGUUACUACUACGACGGUGAUGUUGGAAACUAUUAUUACGGACAGGGUCAUCCCAUGAAACCCCAUCGGAUCCGAAUGACCCACAACCUGCUGCUGAACUAUGGUCUCUACAGAAAAAUGGAGAUAUAUCGUCCUCACAAAGCUAGUGGAGAGGAGAUGACCAAGUACCACAGCGACGACUACAUUAAGUUCCUGCGCUCGAUCCGACCUGACAACAUGUCGGAAUACAGCAAACAGAUGCAGAGAUUUAAUGUGGGGGAGGACUGCCCCGUCUUUGAUGGUUUGUUUGAGUUCUGUCAGCUCUCUGCAGGAGGCUCUGUCGCUGGUGCUGUGAAAUUGAACAAACAGCAGACGGACAUUGCCAUCAACUGGGCUGGAGGCCUGCAUCACGCCAAGAAGUCAGAGGCCUCUGGGUUUUGCUAUGUAAAUGACAUCGUGCUAGCUAUUCUGGAGUUGUUGAAAUACCACCAGAGAGUUCUGUACAUAGAUAUUGACAUCCAUCAUGGAGACGGAGUGGAGGAAGCGUUCUACACCACAGAUCGUGUCAUGACGGUGUCCUUCCACAAAUAUGGAGAGUACUUCCCAGGCACUGGGGACCUCAGGGACAUCGGUGCUGGUAAGGGUAAAUACUAUGCUGUAAAUUAUCCGCUGAGGGAUGGGAUUGAUGAUGAGUCCUAUGAAGCAAUAUUCAAACCCAUCAUGGCCAAGGUGAUGGAGAUGUACCAGCCGAGUGCAGUGGUCCUCCAGUGUGGAGCCGACUCUCUGUCUGGGGACAGACUGGGUUGUUUUAACCUCACUAUUAAAGGUCACGCCAAGUGUGUGGAGUACAUAAAGAGCUUCAACCUGCCGCUGUUGAUGCUGGGUGGAGGAGGCUACACCAUCCGUAAUGUGGCGCGCUGCUGGACGUACGAGACCGCUGUGGCCCUCGAUAGCUCCAUCCCUAAUGAGCUUCCAUACAACGACUACUUUGAGUACUUUGGACCAGACUUCAAGCUGCACAUCAGCCCCUCCAACAUGACCAAUCAGAACACCAACGACUACCUGGAGAAGAUAAAGCAGCGGCUGUUCGAGAACCUGCGGAUGUUGCCUCACGCCCCUGGAGUUCAGAUGCAGCCCAUCCCCGAGGACGCCGUGCAGGAGGACAGCGGGGAUGAGGACGAGGAGGAUCCGAACAAGCGCAUAUCCAUCCGCGCUCACGACAAGAGGAUAGCAUGCGAAGAGGAGUUCUCCGACUCUGAGGACGAAGGAGAGGGAGGCCGCAGAAACAUAGCAGGCUUCAAAAAAGCCAAGAGAGUAAAAACAGAAGGAGAGAAAGAGGGAGAAGAAAAGGAGAAGAAAGGUGAGGAGGAACCAAAAGAAGUGAAAGAAGAGGAGAAAGUGCCGGAAGAGGAGAAAAUGGAGACAUCAAAGUGAAAAGGGAAUAUUAAACACGCAACAUGACCACGCUGAUGAGGAGGUGGCUAUAACUAAAUAGAAGGACUUUGUCCUUCUGUUUAGGAGGAGCACGACGGUCUUAGCACCCUGUGAUGCCGUCAGAUCAGUGCAGAUUUAACAUAAAUGUCGGAGUGCUGCAAUGGAAACAAUACAACUGUACUUUUUAAAAGUGUUUAAGGUGGAACUCUUAUCUUUUUAGCUUUUUCUUUAGAACAUCUUUGCAAUUUCACUGUUUUCAUCUUUUUAUGCAAGUUUGUUUCUAUAGUUUGUGAAACACUUUGCAAGCAUACAUCUUUUUUUAUAUAUUUUGAUUUAAAUUAUUUGAGUGGUGGUAAUUUUGGCAUCUUUUUCACUCAAUUCCCCUUUGGUCCUGUGCCUUUAAAAAUUGUAGUUCAUGCUCUGUAAAAACCUGUAACCUUUGCAUGUCAAAGUCAGGCUUUUGUAAGGCACAUCAACAGUGUGCCUUUUUAUAUUUUUACGUCAUUGAUUGGUGGAUUUCUUGUAUAUAAAGGAAUCAUCUUUGGUCAACCCCUGGUAUUCCUGCACAACUAUGAAAAUACUAAUCGAGAGGAUUCCCAUUGGCUUGAAAUCCCCUAAAAACAAACAUUCUGUGUAUAUAUUUGUAUUGUGUAAACAUUAAAAGGUGUUCUGCAAAAUG